AUGCUGGACGUAUCAAUAACCGUUGGUCUAAUUUACGUCGUUUAGAUACGCCAUUGAAACAUUCAUUCAUUUUCCAUGUUUGUGACUAUUGGGGCCGAGUGCUAUUGGGCAGUAUGGUAUUGUACUUUGAAACCAAUAUGUAUUGUGCUGUGGUACAUUUUACACCAAACUUUUUUUUUUUUUUUUUUAAAUCUAUACAGAGCGACCAUGUUCUCAUUCUUGGGUUCACGUAAAGUCUCAAAGAAGUCAACAACGGAGAGGGAAGCGGAUGGAGGCUUUGUCAUCAUUGAAUCUGUGACGAAGGAGGGCGAUGUUGCCAAAAGCAAGGCCGACAGCAACGAAGAUGAGGAAUCGAAGAAGGCCACUUACGCUAACGGCGUAAACAGCCAUUUGCUACGAGAAACAGUUGAAGAGCAGAGGCAAAAGAUGCAGUUGAUGAACAUCGGACAACCUUCAACCAAUGUUGUUGUCCAGCCAUCCAAGUCAAUUCCAGCUCCCAUUCAACAGACAGAAAGCAUUUCAUCUACAGAUCCAUCACUCACGAAGCUGGGAGAUAGGACAUUUGCAGUGGAGGCUACCUCGCCUGGCCCGGACCUCCUUGGUGACAUCCCCUUCACUUUGGCACCUCAAGUCCGAGCCGUGCAGAGAGGGAUCCCUUUUAUUCCAGAUAUACUUCUGUCAAACGACAUCAACUCUAUGCUAAUGUGUUUUCAAUAUGACUUCACUUUAGAAAAGUCAGUCCUAAAUAACUUGGAGUAGUUUUCAACGGAUUUUGGAAAGCAAAAAAUGGUCUUUACUGCAGCUGCUACUGCAUAUUAUCCAGCAUCUUUGAUCUUUAGUCAUGCUAAUAUGACAACAGUAUGAGAAGCAACGGAAUGUCUGUUGAACCGGCUGGAUAAAUGGCACUUUUUUUGCAAUUACGGUCACAAUUUAAUGAGUUGUUUUUGGCAUGUUACAGUGCACUUUCACACUAGCACGGUUUGGUCCUUUUUAAACGGACCAGAUUUCUUUUUCUCAGCUAGUCCGCUUCGUUUUCUAAAUGUGAACGCGCAAUCCGAACUUGGACCAAACAAACGAACUCUGGUCCGCUCAAAAAUCGUGGGUCUUUGUCUGCUUUAAGCGCAGCCUGCUUACCUUGUGAAUGCAAUGCUGUCAGUCGGCACAGUGUGUAUACUGAACCUUUUCAACAAGUCACUUGCAAGCGUUGUUGCGAGGUAGUUCUCCAAUCGGACCCUGGUUCUCUCGGUCUAAUGUGAAAGUGCCCUAAGUAACACUGAAGACAAAAUGAAUGGCUACCUCCUUCACAAAUAAUAUUUUAUUACAGCUUCCUGACUUAACUGUACAACUGUACUGUUGUAAGUACAAAAAAAAAUCAAAUAAAGGUUCUGAUUAUAAAACAAGAAACUUU